CGCUGCAGCUCUGCUACCAGCCACCGCGGCGUCGGCGAGUCGGCGAUGGAGAUGGAGAUGGACAUGGAGAUGCCAGAUCCGGAGGAGCUUGAGUGGAUGGAGAGCCACGGCCUCCUCCCGGAGGAAGAGGACGUCUACUUCGACGACCCCGACGAGGGCUUCGUCCCGCCCCCCGGCGACUCGGACCAGCCGCGCGAUUCCUCGCAGCCGCCUGAGCCCGCCGCUCCACGCGCAAGUGAAGCUUCGGAAGGCGGGUUGAAGCGUCCUCCGCCUCCACCACCGCCGGAGCAGGAGGAAGAGGAGAGGAGCAAGCGGAGGAACGUGGGGCGGGAGGAUGAGGAUGAGGAGGACUGGCUGCGCUACCCGCCUCCUCCCGCCCCUGAAGUCGUCGUUGCCGAGAAGACAAUCUCGCGGUUCGCAUCGGAGAUCCAUGGGGACUGUGUGCCCGUCACUGCGCCCAACGGGGAGAGGGUUUACGCCAAGCUUGCAAUGGAGGGGUUGGCUGGCGGAGCUAUUAGUGGAACGAGGCAAGGGGCUAACUUCUCCAACCCAAAUCUCAGCCACAAGGGCCUGCUUUCUGAAUCCUUUCAUUCACUAACAAGGCGUGCUGAACAGGAGGCUUUAGCAAAGGCCUUGCAGGAAAGCACAGAUUCAGUAGAUCGUGAGGCUUGUCCAGUGACUCCACUAGUCACAGAAAAACUUUGGGUGGAAAAGUACGCACCAAAUUCUUUCACAGAGCUGUUAAGUGACGAGCACACAAACAGGGAGGUACUUCUGUGGCUAAAACAGUGGGACUCCUGUGUUUUUGGGUCCCAUAUUCGAGCUACAUGUGAUGAUGUUUUAUCUGCCUUACGUCGGCACUCUUCUAACGUCCAAAAGAAUGCAAAUAACAAAAAUUUCUUCUCCAAGACUAAGGGAGGUCCUGUUGACAUGCCCCUGAAUGCACCUAGUAGCAACCCAGAAGGUUUAGGUGGCUCCUUCAGCAAAAGGUCACCAGUAGACAGCACACCAGAACAAAAGGUGUUGCUACUCUGUGGUCCACCUGGUCUUGGAAAAACAACACUUGCUCAUGUUGCAGCCAGACAUUGUGGCUACCAUGUUGUUGAGAUAAAUGCCAGUGAUGAUCGUUCUGCUUCAUCCAUUGAAACAAAAAUUCUUGAUGUCGUUCAGAUGAACUCAAUCAUGUCAGAUUCCAAGCCCAAGUGUUUGGUAAUCGAUGAAAUUGAUGGAGCACUUGGUGAUGGAAAAGGUGCAGUGGAGGUUAUUCUGAAGAUGAUCAACGCUGAAAAGAGUAAUAAUUUUGACAGAAGCACUAAUGCUGAAGAAACUCAAGCCCGAAAGGCAUCUAGAAAAAGUCACAGAAUGGCAAAACUAUUGAGGCCUGUAAUUUGUAUAUGCAAUGACCUUUAUGCUCCAGCCUUGAGACAACUGCGCCAAGUAGCCAAGGUUCAUGUGUUCGUGCAGCCAACGAUUAGUCGUGUGGUGAACAGGCUCAAGUACAUAUGCAAAAAUGAAGGUUUCAAGACAAGUGCAAUUGCUCUUUCUGCAUUAGCAGAGUAUACUGAAUGUGACAUCCGUUCAUGCUUAAACACACUUCAAUUUUUGAACAAGAAAGGGGCGGCACUAAACAUCUCAUCAUUUGAUUCACAAGUAAUCGGACAGAAGGAUAAGUCAAAAAGCAUCCUCGAUGUUUGGAAACAGGUUUUGCAAAAGAAAAAACUCAAGCGAGCUGGAAAGUCUGAAAGUCAUUUCAGUAAAGACAAGGACACAGAUUCUCUCUUCACACUCAUAUCUAACCGUGGUGACUAUGAAGUUACCAUGGACGGGAUCUACGAAAACUUCUUGAGACUAUCAUACCAUGACCCGAUGUUGCAAAAAACUGUAAAAUGUCUUGAUAUACUUGGAGUUUCAGAUUCCUUGACACAAUAUGUUUACCGGACCCAGCAGAUGCCAAUUCAUGCUUAUCAACCUCCAAUUGCCAUCACCAUAAGUCGUAUGGUUGCUCAAGUUGAGAAGCCAAAUAUUGAAUGGCCAAAAGCUUUGCAGAGGUCCCGAACAUUGCUUUUAGAAAAGAAAGACACGUUGAAGACCUGGCAAAACCAAAUGUCACCGGUUGUUUCAAGGCACAUGUCAGUAGAAUCAUUCGUUCAAGACAUCGCUUCCCCCUUCUUACAUAUUCUCUCUCCACUGAGUUUAAGACCUGUAGCCCUGAAUUUGCUGUCAGAGAGAGAAAAGGAUGAACUUGUGCAGCUAGUUGAUACUAUGGUUUCCUACUCAGUUACAUAUAGAAACACAAAGUUUGCCCCUCAAGAAAGGGCAAACAUAUCUGUGGUGCCACAUGAUGUUCCUUCACUUUCUCUUUAUCCUCCAAUCAGUGAUGUCAUAAACUUCAAGGGCUAUCAAUCAGAGCACAUUGAUCUGUCUCUGGCAAUGAAACAGGUCUUGGUGCAUGAGGUAGAGAAGCAGAAGAUCAUUAAAGAUAGUGCUGGCAAAUUGUUGAACCAAGGUAGUGAUGGAGAUACCAGGAGCGAAGCUUUAUCAGAUAUAAGAAAGAAAGCAGUAGCCGAUUCUAUUGCUCCAGCAUUACAUUCUUCUAAGGAUAGCACCAAGCGCAAUUCGACAACACUUCAAAUGCAACCAAACUCAGCCUCUAGCCUGAAUGGUAAAGAUCCUACACCUGCCAAAAAGCACUCCAAUCGUGCAACAAAUUUCUUUGACAGAUUUAGGAAGGAAAGACCGGCAAAUGGAAAAACUCAUACUGAUGUGGGGCAGCAAAGAGCAACAAUUCAGAGGGAUUCACGCCCUCUGAUCUUCAAAUACAAUGAGGGUUUCACAAAUGCGGUGAAAAGACCAGUGAGAGUUCGCGAUCUUCUGCUCAGUUAGGCCCGUUUGGUCCCUGCCCUUGUACUGUAAAGCCAUCUUUUUCUUUUCUUUUUUAAUAUCCUUUCCUGUAUAUUGAUUGCACCAUGUGUAUCUAGUAGGAUAGAUUGAACUAUUGAUGGAUCAAACUAAAAUUACACUUGUCUGUAAUAGCACAUGCACAUUUUUUUCUAUUGAUUUGGGAGAUGAUGAAUCAAGA